CGCACUGACACUCCUGUCAAACAUGGCUGUGCUCUGGAAGAGGGAAAAAUGCUGAAUUGUGUUGGUAAACCUCGGCAAAACAGCAGACAUGGCUAGAUUGGCUGAUUAUUUUAUAGUCGUGGGAUAUGAUCAGGAAAAAGCCGCUUCAGGAGAGGGAUGUGGCAAGAUCAUUCAGCGUUUCCCCAAGAAGGACUGGGAGGGGACGGCCUUUCCUCAGGGGGUGGAGAUGUUCUGCCAGCCUGGAGGUUGGAGGCUGUCCAGGGAGAGGAAGCCACCCACCUUCUUCACUGUUGUGCUGACAGACAUUGAUUCAGACAGACACUACUGCUCCUGCCUCACUUUCUACGAGGCCGAGGUCAAUCUGCAAGGAUCAAAGUCCAUUGAGGCUGAUGGAGAUGAAGAUGAAGAGGGAGAGGAGGAUGGCCUGAUCCAACCAGCUCAAGUCUUUGCACCAAAAAGUCUCAUUCUUGUCUCCAGGCUGGAUUAUCCAGAAAUAUUCCGGGGCUGCUUGGGUCUGAUCUACACAGUGUACAUCGACAGCCUGAAUUUCCCUUUACAGGGUUUGGUGGCCAACCUCUUUACAUUCCAGGUUCCUGUUGCUGGUGGAUCCCAGAAGCUGUUUUCGCUGGGAGCGGGAGAUCGGCAGCUCAUCCAAACGCCCCUCAACGACAACCUGCCUGUGACGUGCAAGAGCGUGGCCCUGCUCUUCCAGCAGCUCGGAAUCCAGAACGUCCUAAGCCUGUUUUGUGCGGUUCUGACAGAGCACAAGGUUUUGUUCCACUCCACCAGUUACCAGAGACUGGGAGAGGCGUGUCGCGCGCUGGAGGCCCUCAUGUUUCCCCUCAAAUACAGCUACCCGUACAUCCCCAUUCUACCUUCACGGCUCCUAGAAGUGCUGAGCUCGCCCACUCCCUUCAUCAUUGGAGUGCACUCCAUGUUUCAGAGUGAAAUCCAGGAUCUGUUGGAUGUUAUUAUUGCUGACCUGGACGGAGGAACAAUAAAGAUUCCUGAGUGUAUCCACUUGUCCCUGCUCCCUGAACCUCUGCUACACCAAACACAGACUGCCCUGUCCCUGGUUUUGCACCCUGACCUGGAGAUCGCAGACAAUGCAUUCCCUCCGCCUCGCACUGCACCCUCCAACCUCAAGUUGUUGGAUAAGGAGGUGAGGGCUGUAUUCCUCAGGCUGUUUGCACAACUCUUCCAGGGCUACAGGUCUUGCCUGCAGCUCAUCCGCAUCCAUUCCGAACCCGUGAUUCACUUUCACAAGACUGCCUUCCUGGGCCAGCGAGGCCUGAUUGAGAACGACUUCCUGACCAAGGUUUUGGAUGGCAUGGCCUUCGCUGGCUUUGUUUCAGAGAGAGGACCGCCUUACCGAGCCUGUGAUCUCUUUGAUGAGCUGGUGGCUUUUGACAUUGAGAGCUUUAAGGAGGAGGAGGCCAACCCUGCCAAGCUGCAGAAGCACAUGAGGGAACUCUCCGAGCAGCUGUACAAAAAUGAGAACCCCAACCCUCACAUGGCUUUCCAGAAAGUGCCUCGGCCAUCAGAGGGAUCCCACCUGCGGGUUCACCAGGUACCGUUCCCCCUGCUGGAUGAUGACAAGGUGGAGGGGCUGUUACAGGAGGGCAUGGCCAAGCAUGCCUGCGCCCCUGCCGCCACACGACCCGAAAGGAAGUGUGUUGUUCCUGCCGGACCACCCGUAGUGUCUAUUGUGGGCAAGAGUGGCUCCGUGUUCAACAGCGCUCGCAGGCUGGAGGUGGUGAGGAGCUGCAUCUCUUUCAUCUUUGACAACAAGAUCCUGGAGACCGAAAAGACCCUGCCGGCUGCACUUCGGGCCCUGAAGGGCAAAGCCGCUCGCCAGUGUCUGACUGAGGAGCUGAGUCUGCAUGUGCAGCAGAACCGGGCCAUACUGGAUCACCAGCAGUUCGACUACAUCAUUCGCAUGAUGAACUGCGCCCUGCAGGACUGCUCCACCUCGGAAGAGUACACUGUGGCUGCUGCACUGCUGCCCCUCACAACAGCCUUUUACCGGAAACUGGCCGCUGGAGUGAACCAGUAUGCCUACACUUGCAUACAGGACCAUCCCAUUUGGACCAACCAGCAGUUCUGGGAGGCCACGUUCUACAGUGAGGUCCAGGGUCAGAUCCGAGCCCUGUAUCUCACUGCUCCAGAGGAGAAAGUGGGCAUCAGUGCCAGGCUAAAGGACCAGGGCUCCGUGCCCCCAGCAGCAGACAGAGAUGAGGAGCAGACGGCCAUGGACCUGGCAGCAGAGCAGCUGCGCACGUGGCCCAGCCUGAGCAAGGACAAGCAACAGGAGCUGGUGAAGAACGAGGAGAGCACAGUGUUCAGCCAAGCUAUCCACUACGCCAGCCUCAUGGUAUAUCUGCUGGUGCCUCUGGACACCAGCAAGAACAAGCUGCUCAGGAACACACCUGCCACUGACUGGGAGAGUGGCAGCAACAGCAUCGUCACCAACAGCAUUGCAGGCAGCGUGGCAGAGAGCUUUGACACAGAAAGUGGGUUUGAGGACUCGGAGAACAGCGAUGUGGCCAACUCUGUGGUCAGGUUCAUCGCUCGAUUCAUCGACAAAGUGUGCACGGAGAGCGGAGUAACCCAGGACCACAUCAAAAGUCUGCACAGCAUGAUCCCAGGCAUUGUGGCCAUGCAGAUGGAGACUCUGGAGGCAGUGCACAGGGAGAGCAGAAGGUUGCCUCCCAUUCAGAAGCCUAAGAUUCUACGUCCAGCACUUCUGCCUGGAGAGGAGUUUGUGUCAGAGGGGUUGCGGGUGGUCCUAGACCCGGAUGGUCGUGAGGAGGCCACCGGUGGACUUUUGGGGGGCCCUCACAUCCUACCAGCAGAGGGAGCCCUGUUUCUCACCACUUACCGCAUCAUCUUCAAAGGCACCCCUCACGAUCCAUUAGUGGGGGAGCAGGCAGUGAUCAGGGCCUUCCCAGUGUCCACUCUGACCAAGGAGAAGAAAAUCAGCAUCCAGAACCAGCUGCAGCAGAACAUGCAGGAAGGCCUGCAGCUUCGCUCUGCAUCCUUCCAGUUAAUAAAGGUGGCUUUUGAUGAGGAGGUGAGCUCAGAGAUGGUGGAGAUCUUCAGGAAGCACCUCCAGAGGAUCCGCUACCCACAAUCCAUCUUCAGCACCUUUGCUUUUGCCGCAGGACAAACAGCACCUCAGCUCAUUCUUCCCAAGCAAAAAGAGAGGAACACUGGCUUCAGGACACUAUCCAAAACGAUUGUCAAGGGAGCCAAGAGGGCGGGAAAGAUCACCAUGGGGCGCGGUGGCCAGACCACACUGAAGAAGAACGAGAGAGGCAGCAGAAUGACCUGGCACGAAGAUGAUGACAUUUCAAUAUCAGAUGAUGGUGAGCCGCCGCCCAGCAGCACUUUGCGAGCAUCAGAGAAGUCCACCAUGGAGCAGCUUGUGGAGCGGGCUUGUUUCCGUGACUACCAGCGCCUAGGACUGGGCACCAUCACAGCCAGCUCGUCCCGCUCCAAGACAGGCGAGCAGUUCAGAAUCACAGCCGUCAACAGACUCUAUUCCCUCUGUCGCAGUUACCCAGGAUUGCUGGUGGUCCCGCAGGCGGUACAGGACAGCAGUCUGCACAAGGUGGCCCGCUGCUACCGACACAACCGCCUGCCUGUGGUGUGUUGGAAACAUCCUCGCACCAAAGCCGUGCUGCUCCGCUCCGGAGGUUUCCAUGGCAAGAGUGUGGUGGGGCUGUUCAAGUCGCAGAACCCCUCCUCAACAGCUCCUGCUUCAUCUUCAGACUCAUCCAGUAGUCUCGAACAGGAGAAGUACCUGCAGGCCAUCCUGGACUCCAUCCCCAUCUACUUCAAAAUGAACGGCAGCAGCACCCUGUCCAACCGCUCCAUCAUAGGUCUCUCACCAGCCAGUGAAAGGAGGACAUCAAGGAUACCAAAGAUGACUCCUGUCCAUUUAGACAUCCCCUUCUCAAACAGUUUUACUAGAGGUGUGCUUGGGUACAAGGAUAAACUAUUCACUCACUCAAACCAAAAACCUGCCAGUAAGGGGAGAAUCCAGAACCAAGGCGUGUGGGCCAGCCUGCGCUCCAGCAGCAGACUCAGCCAGCACCCGUCGGCGUUAGAGGUGGGCGCCAGGCUAGCAGGGAAGGAUCUGGCACCCCCUGCAGGUAGCAACAGUCUGCAGGCGCAGCUCCUCAAACAGCAAGCUGCCCUCUACAUCUUUGGAGAAAAGUCCCAUCUAAGGGGCUUAAAAGUGGACUCCUCUCUGAACUGUGAACUGGUGCCUGUGGACUUUGCAGACACGCGGCAGGUGAAAGCUGCUUUUAAAAAGCUGCUGAGGGCCUGUGCUCCCAGCGCCACCCCCUCAGACACAGAGGACUCGUUCCUCAAAGCCUUGGAGGAAUCUGAAUGGAUCCUGCAGCUUCACAAGAUCCUGCAGCUGGCACUGAUUCUGGUGGAGCUUCUGGACAGCGGCUCAUCUGUUCUCCUCAGCCUAGAGGAUGGCUGGGACAUUACCACACAAGUGGUGUCUUUGGUGCAGCUGCUGAGCGAUCCUUUCUACAGGACUUUGGAGGGUUUUCAGGUGCUGCUGGAGAAGGAGUGGCUCUCCUUUGGCCAUAAAUUCAGCCAGCGAAGCAACCUGAGUCCCAGCAGUCAGGGCAGCGGCUUCACGCCCAUCUUCCUGCAGUUCCUGGACUGUGUGCACCAGAUUUUGGAGCAACAUCCUCUGGAGUUUGAGUUUAAUCAACAGUAUGUGAAGUUCCUGGCUUAUCAUCACAUCUCCAACCGCUUCAAGAACUUCCUGCUGGACUCAGACUAUGAGCGCUUGGAACAUGGCACUUUGUUUGAGGACAAGGGAGAUAAGCAGGCCAGGAGAGGCAUCUGUAUCUGGGAAUGCAUCAACAGAAUGCACAGGAGGAGUCCCAUCUUCUUCAACUAUAUGUACAGCCCCACAGAGGCCGAGCCGAUACUGAAGCCCUCCAUCAGCAUCCCCAACCUGACCACGUGGAACUACUUCACGGAUGAGACUCUGUCCACUGGGCCGUGUUACGACUGGAGGAUGAUGGCCGUGAGGCAAGAGAGCGUGGAGGAGGCGGACACCAUCUCCACCAGCAAGAGGAGGAUUGUGUGGCCAUGCUACAGCAGCGUGAGCCGCGCCCAGCCUGACGCCAUCACCAAACUGCUGGCUGACAUUGAGAAGCUGGAGGGAGAGUUAAUCCAGGCUCCGGAGAGGUGGCAGGCCACUCUGGAGAGAGUCAGAGUCAGCAUUCAGGAAGACCUCAAGCAAGAAGGAAAUCUCCGUAAGCAGUCCGUGUCCAUCUCCGGCCUCAUCCCCACCUCCAGCCUGCAGGCGUUCCAGCGGCGCUCCAUGCUGCACCUGCCGGACAGCGGGCUGGGCGAGGACCACAGCCCCACCACGGCCAACGGGAUCAACCGCCGCGCCGCCACUCUCUAUAAUCAGUUCACCCCCAAGAGCGAGGAGAACAGGUCUUACGAGGGGAUCCUGUAUAAGCGUGGAGCACUGCUGAAAGGCUGGAAGCCUCGCUGGUUUGUGUUGGACGUCACUAAACACCAGCUGAGGUAUUAUGACACCGGGGAGGACACAAACUGCAGAGGCCACAUCGACCUGGCAGAGGUGGAGUCCGUGAUGAUAGCUGCACCCACCAUCGGAGCCCCCAAACACAUCAGCGAAAAGGCCUUUUUCGAUCUGAAGACCAGCAAGCGAGUGUACAACUUCUGUGCCUCGGACGCGCCCAACGCCCAGCUGUGGAUGGACAAGAUCCAGAGCUGCAUCUCUGAUGCAUGAGCUGUGACCCCGGGCCCCCGAGGUCAGGGCACGGCAGCAUCGAGACGUCGGUCCUGUCAGGCGGCCGGGAGCAGAGACGCUGCCUACCACUCAACUCAGACUUCAGAUGACGUCACCAUGGGGACCACAGUGAACUAUAAGUGCCUGGUGGUGGAGGACGGUCCCACACGCUGUCCAUCCAUCCACUCUGUCAGCCGCCUCUCAGCUCGUCAGGCUGUUAUCAUUCUGCAUGUCGGCUGUGGUCUGAGUCGGCGAGCGUGCCGCUGUCUCUGCUGUCAGCUGCCCGCUCCGUGCCUGCAGCAGGGACCAGAGAGUUCUGAUAAGCUUGCAGUACCAAGACAAGGUUCUUAAGCUGUAAAUAGAUCAAAGCAAUAUCACUGGCCAUUCAAAACUGUGGGUUCAAUUUUGGAAUUAUUAAAUAUAGAAAAUAGCCUACAAGAGAAUUUAUAUGAGAUAUUUUACUAUGAGGAAAAGUUAUUGCUGCUUAAGGAGAAGUAUGAACCGCCAAAAACUCAGAGAUUUUAAUGCACAAUACGAUGAGGCAAUUUGUUUGCACUUAGCUCUAAAAUAUGCACUCCUUAUCAAACAGAGUUUCUAACAGAUGCAGACAGCGAGGCUAAAGGCAUUACAUUAUAAUGUACAUAUGAUGUUUCCUCAAGACAGAUUAAAUGGAAAGAGUUUGCACAGUAAAAGUUCAAAAGAGUUACCUGACAUUUUUUUUAUUUAAAAAAGUGAUGUUUUUCUCUAUUUUGUUUAAAAAUUGUGAAUGUUUUUUGACUCAUGGAUAACACGUUUGUCUCUUGCAAUGUAAAUUAUUUUUUUAUUAAAAGUGUAACUCUUUGGUUAAUUGUGGUGGCUUAAUGUGUUCUGUAAAUAGUCGUGUGACAUUUCGUUUUAUAUGUACUGAACAUACAUAUGCUUUUCUAACCUUAACUGUAAUGUGACCAACAAGUCAUCCUUUUUUAAUGUAUCGUCAUUUGUGCAAAUACCUUGUUCCCUCUUUAUGAUGAACCUUUGUCUUGGAAAUGGCAAAUGUCAAGUUUUUAUUUUUUGAUUUUUAUUUUUUCAGAUUAUCCAAACGGGCUCUGUGUCUUUUAAGGGCUUUUAAAUAAGUAAAUGAAUAUAUCAGUAGGACAACGUGGAUUUUCAACAGUCCUUGUCUUAUCUGGAACUCAUUUCAGAGGCUUUUUUGGAAAAAUUACAUGUUACUGUAUCUUUGUACCUUGAUUUGUGGUGACACUAAUUUUUUUUCUUCUUUUUUUGGAAAUAAAUCAGACAUACUUGAAACUA